CACAUGUUCUGAAGCUCAAAACUUCUCAACCUCCUCCUAAGCCAUUGCAUUGCAGUUCGUUCCCAACACCGCACUCUGCACAAUCCCAUUCCAAAGCGCCACUGCUUUCUCCGAGCAACAACCGUCAAUGAGUUUCCCAAAAAGCCCUCGCCAUUCUUCUCCUUAUUCUCCCUCCUCCCCUUCCUCUCCUCCUUCCUACAUUCCACCCCACCGUACCCAGCUGCACCCUCGCAUGAUCUCCCUCUAUACUUCUUCUUCCAGUCACACAAAUCCAAAUCCCAACAAACCCCACACCGGAAAAUGCCUUCUCUUCCUCUUCGCCUUCCUCUUCUUCACCGCUCCCUUUCUCUUCUACCUCUUCUCCACCGCCCUCCAAAUCCACUCCUCCCCCAAAUUCGCCGAUUCUCGCCCUGUCUCCUUCGCCCUCGCUUUCCGCGCCGGCCCCGACGCUCUCCGCCUCUCCGUCUACCACUUUCUUGGCCCCGGCCUCGGCCUCCUCGCCGCCGCUCAUUCCGCCGCCGCCGCUCCCGGCUUCGCUGCCCCGCCCGACGCGCUCCGUGGCGCCGUCGCCGAGCUUGUCCGGUUCGCUAAGGGCAAGGUGCCUCGCCGGGAGUGGGGGAACACCGUCGUGCGGCUUGCGGCCUCCGAGGAGCUCGAGCAGCUCGGCUCCGAGGAAGCAGAGAAGGUUCUGGAAUGUUGCAGACAGGCCUUAAAGGCGUCCGGGUUCUUGUUCAAGGAUGAAUGGGCACGCGUCGUUUCAGGGGAAGAACAAGGUAUCUCUUCUUGGGUUGCAGUAAAUUAUGCUCUUGGAAACUUGGGACGCGAGCCUCACGAAACAACUGGAAUAGUUGAACUUGGUGGGGGUUCUUUGCAGGUGUUUUCAUUCACUAUAUAUGACCAUUUUGUUCGUAUAUAAAUAAAUCCAUCUGCAUCAAAAAGUUAUUUCUUUAGUCUGCAAAGGAUAUUUUCGAGCUUUCCUUGUAAACAUGUUGUAAUGUGCAUUUAUGUGAUGCAAUGACAUUAGUUGUUUUUUCUCCUCAAUAAUCUUGAUAAUUGGCCGUUAGGAAAAGAUCUUAUAGGCCCACAAAUAAGUGGUGAGGAUCAGAAUAUUUAGCAUUCUUAAGAGUUUGUUGAUAGUUUUUCUUUUAAUUAUGGUCAAUGUUGUUUACUUUUGUGUAUUAACGGUGUUGGGAUUGGAUUAUAAAUCACUGUACAUAAACUUUGCAUUAUUAUGUUGUUUUGAUAUUUGUUUGGCCAAAAAAACCUGUCUCGUUCCUUUCAGUAGAUAGGAGGAAAAGUUUAAGAUGUAGAUAAUUUUUUUGUCAUAAUCAUUUGGAGAGGAAAUUACUUAGAACAUCUCUAGUGGUGGUUUCUUAAUGAGUUCUUUAACAUGAAACCAAAUCCUGAAAAAACCUGUCAUUGGAGAGAUCCUAUGCAGCACAUCCAGUUUCUUCAACUUAAUUUUUUUUUGUAUAAGAAAUGAUUCUUGUAGAAUAAAAACACAAAUUUCCAAAUAAAGCUAAACAAAAUCCUCAUAAGUAAGAUGUAUUUAAAAUUUAAGUAAAAAAAGUUUAUAAAAGUAUGAGUUUCUUGAAAUUCUCUAUUAUUGGAGCAAAAUUGAAAUGAUAUAUAACUCUGAGGACCACAAAAUGUAUUUCCUCUGUU